AUGGCAAAGACAUUAGCUCUUCUACUUAUCUGCUUGGCUUCAUGUUAUGCCAAAGGUGUGCUGAAAUACGAACAAGCCCCUAUUGAAGAUGAGACCGAGUUGGUAUUAGAUCUUCUCUCAAAGCCAUUCAUCCCGGAGAGAUUUAAAUCUGCAGAGUUCUUAAAGACAUGGGGUAUCGGAUCCAGGCUGGGCGCAUUCAAAUGGACCGAUUGUGGAGGAGCUGGAGCUAAAAUUCAGAACGUGUCUUUGACCCCAGACCCCCUAAAUUUCCCUGGCACGUUCACACUCGGAUUCAAAGGAACGAUAAGUACAUCUGUCGUCGCUCCCCUAAAGGGCGAACUUUUGAUUGAGAAAAAGGUUGGUUCUACAUACGUCAAGAUUCCGUGCAUAGAUAACUUCGGUUCGUGUACAUAUGAUGACGUAUGCGAAUUACUGGAAAGUGUCACGUGUCCAGACCCAUUCGUGAAAGCUGGAAUCGACUGUCAGUGUCCAUUUAAAACGGGUAACUACAAUGUUCCCUCGGCUUCCUUUGAGGUUGAUGCAUCGGCCUUCCCGUCCGGGGACUAUCGUCUUCGAGGGUCUGCUUCCAAUGGUGGCAAGGUCAUGGCUUGUCUGCAACUUGAUCUAUCUGUUUCAUAG